GGAUGUAAAAUAAAGAAAAGUGUUUGGCUAGUUUAAUUAAGGUUUUUUCUGAAUUUAAAACUUUUUAGAAAGAAAGUAAAAAAUAAGAUGAAUAACUAUAAGAAGAAGAAGAAAAUUAAUAAGAAAAUUCAAACGAAAAUGAAAAAAAAUGACAAUUUAACUAUACUUGAAUUUAGAGAAAUUAUAAGAAAUAAAUUUAAUAUUAAAUUAAUUUGCAAAGUUAAGUUAUAUAGGUUAAAGUUAAAAAAAGCAAGUUUCGUUUGAAUCAUAAUAAUAAUAAAAGGGAAUUAUUAAAUACAAGAAAAUGUAAUUAUAAGAAGAAUAAGAAGAAAAUAAAGAAGAAUACGAAGAAGAACAAGAAUUAGAAGAAGAAUUAUAAAAAAAAGAAAAUUUAAAAAAUAAAGAUAAUUAAUAAACUUUUUUAAAAAAACCGGAAGAUAUUUAUUUUUUGGACGACCCUGAAAUAAUUACAAUAAGAAAAAGAAGAGAAGAAAGAAGAAUAAGAUCAGAAUUAAGAGAAAUCGGCAAAAAAAAAUCUUCAAAUAAUAAUAAAGAAAACGAAAAAGAUUGUUAUAUAGAUUAAUAUGAAAGACAUGAAAAACUAGAUUGUGUCUUCGCCGGAUAUAGGAUUUGA